AUGGACUUUGGAGACUUGAAUGAAAAGCAAAAGCUUGAGUUGAGAGAAACUUGCAAGCGUAUUUUACAACCUGCUAAAGGUAUUUUUGCUACUGAUGAUACUGCUGGUAAGUCUAUGUUUUAGCCCUACCCCUAGCCUCAGAGCCCUAGCCCAAAGCCCUAGCCCAGAGCCCUAGCCGCAAAGCCCUAGCCCAGAGCCCUAGCCCAGAGCCCUAACCCAGAUUUCUAGCCCAGAGUCCUAGUUCAGAGCCCUAGCCCAGAGCCCUAGCCCAGAGCCCUAGCCUAGAUUUCUAGCCCAAAGUCCUAGUUCAGAGCCUUAGCCCAGAGCCCUAGCCCAGAGCCCUAACCCAGAGCCCUAGCCCAGAUUUCUAGCCCAGAGUCCUAGUUCAGAACCCUGGCUCUAGCUCUAGUCAUAUCCUUUCUAUGGUUAACCAUAGCUCUAGCCUUAGUCAUAUCCUUUCUAAGGUCAACCCUAGCUCUAGUCGCAGUUCUACUGUACUGGGACUGCCCUUGCUUUUUUCCAAUCGUACCCUUUCUAUAACAUGCUCUGACUCUAUUGGUAUUUUUUUCUAUGCUUUAUCAUAUACAUUAAUUUGUUUUACGUUUUUUAACAGUAGUUCUUCAGCCGGCCUUGGCCCACGACUAGAAGCUCUCGGCAAAGAAAAUUCGACCGAAGAACGUCGAAAGUACCGCCAGCUUUUGUAUUCAGCGGCGAACUUGUCCGAUCACAUUUCAGCUAUUAUUAUGAUUGAAGAGGCUUUUCGACAGGUCUGACUUUUAAAACUUUACAUGGCUGAAAACCAAGUAUUUUACAAAAAAAAAUUAUUUAUUAAAAAAUUUUAAUAAUUUUAAAAAUGAAAUUUUGACUCUCCAAUAAUUUUUGGUCCACUGCGUUUUUUCCAAUAUUUUUUGUAAAAUUUUGCUUUUUUCUAAGACGUCUUGUGACAUUUCGUCUUUAUCGAUUUUUUUGGGUAAAGAAUUAAUGUCAAAUACGAAAUGGCUUACUUGAUACUAUUUUUGUACUAUUUAAAAAAUUUUUGAUUUUCCGAUAAUUUUUGUGGCAUUUCGUUAUUUUUCUAAUAAUUUUUGUGGCACUCCGUCGCAUUUUAAAUUUUUGAAAUAUAUUGACAUUUUUUUGAUAUUUUUUUAAUUUCUAAAACUUUUUUUUUCAUAUUUAAUAUUCCAAUAUUUUUUGUGACAUUUCGUCUUUUUUCCAAUAUUUUUGUGGCAUUUUGUUACACCAUUAAAAAGUAGCAUUUAUAACAAGAAUAAGAUGAUUUAAUAUAAAUAAGAGUUUUCUUUAACUUUUUCAAAAACGUUUUUUACUACGUAUUUUAGAAAAAUGACGAUAACGAGCUAUUUGCCGAAGUUUUGGCUAAGCAAGGUAUUGUCACUGGAGUCCAAGCCGAUUUAGGCUUAUUGCCGUUGAAUGCUCAUGAAACUCAUGUUAAGGGUCUUGACGGUCUUGAAGAACGCCUGAAAGCCUAUAAAGAAGAAGGAGCUGGAUUUGUGAAAUGGAGGGCUGCAAUCAAUAUUGGCGAUGGAAGGCCAAGUCGAGAAGCGUUGACUAAAAAUGCAGCUGAACUGGCACAAUAUGCAAAGUUGUCACAGUUGAACGGAUUGGUGCCGUUUGUUGAACCUGAUGUUGUUAGAGAUGGUUCACAUAGCAUUGAAGAGUGUCAGAAGGUGGGGUUUUUAAUUUAGCAAACCUAAACCUAGCCUACCCUACCGUACUCUAUCGUACCCUACCCUACCUUACCCAACCCUACCCUACCCUACCCUACCCUACCCUACCCUACCCUACCCUACCCUACCCUACCCUACCCUACCCUACCCUACCCUACUCUACACUACCCUACCCUACCCUACCCUACCCUACCUUACCCUACCCUACUCUACUCUACCCUACCCUACCCUACCCUACCCUACCCAACCCUACCCUAUCCUAUCCUACCCUAUCCUACCCUACCCUACCCUACCCUACCCUACCCUACCCUACCCUACCCUACCCUACCCUACCCUACUCUACCCUACCCUACUCUAUCUUACCCUAUCAUACACAAAACUAAGCUCUGCUGUGCCUUAAGUCCUACCUACAGUAUCCUACUGUACUCUACCCUCAGCAGCACUGUACUGUGUGUCUUUUCAUAUAGAUCUUACUGUACACUAAAUUAUACUGUAUCAUAAGCCUUACCGUAAUAGACACCCUACCGUAUUCCGGCUUUAUAUGUUACGUUUUUAGGCCACAGAACUAGCCCUAGAAUACACAUUCCGUGCCCUACACGCAGCCAAUGUCUAUCUGGAAGGCACAAUUCUCAAGCCAAACAUGGUGACUUGUGGAGCCGAUUAUUCAGGUCAUCCACCCAUGCCUUCCGAAGUCGCAAGGGCUACAUUACUAGCGCUACAACGUCACGUUCCAUCAGCUCUACCUGGAUGUGUGUUCUUGUCUGGAGGGCAGGGGGAGAUCGAAGCCACCAAGAACUUGAAUGCCAUUGCGCAACUACAGACAGAGAAGCCGUGGCAUCUGACAUUUUGCUAUGGUAGAGCUAUUCAAGGGCCAGUGAUGAGAGCUUGGAAUGGGAAGGAUGAGAAUAUUAAGAUUGCUCAUGAGGUUCUUCAUCAUUAUGCCAAGGUAGUUUUGUAAUAUAUAAUGUUAUACUGUAUAGAAGGCUUAUUUUGGCUCAAAGUGUUUAAAGGAAGGUGAGAUAGACUUCCCAAGCUUAUGUUUAGGCUUAAGCAGAACGAACGUAAGGUUAGACGGCUUUGACUAUGGUUUGGGCUAUGCUUAAACUAGGGCUUAGGCUAGAGCUUAUGCUAGGGUUUAAACUAGAGUUUUUUAUAAAAGGUUUAGGCUUAUUAGACUUAGGCUUAUUAGGUUUAGGCUUAGUAGCCUUAGGUGUAAUCACCUUGCGCUUAGUAUUCUUAAGCUUAGCAGGCUUAGGUUUAGUAGGCUUAGGCUUAAUAGGCUUAGGUGUAGUAAGUUUAUGCAUAUUAAGCUUAGGCUCAGUAGGCUUAGGUGUAGUAACCUUAGGCUUAGUAGACUUAGGUGUAGUAGCCUUAGGCUUAGGCUUAGUAGGCUGAGACUCAAUAGGCUUAGGCUUAGCAGGCUUAGGCUUAGUAGGCUUAUUCUUAGUAGAAGUGGGCUUGGUAGGGUCAGCUUAUAAAGCUCAGGCUUACUUUUACAAAGUUUAGGCUUAGUAUUAGAAGGCUUAUUGGUAGGUUUUGAUUUAGACAAACUUAUGGUUUUAAAUUAAGCUUAGUUUCAAACUUUGGCUUUAGUUUAGGCUUAAAUUUUUUACAAAAAACUAAGACUUGCCAUUUUAGAACAAUGGUUUGGCUCAACAAGGUGAAUACAUGUACACCGUGCUGGUACCGUAA